UUAACGUUUGACAAACAGGAUGUGCUGUUCAGUCAUCACUCUGUGGAGUCACCUACUUGAUCUCCCCGGGAAGGCUGUGAUCAUGACAUCCAUGGUGCAUCUGUUGUUGCUCCCCCUCCUGCUCAGCAUUGCUGGUGGGAAGGAUCUGGAGGAGAAGAAGGGCCCGUUUGAGGACACGAUGCUCGAUGUGCCAGAGGGAACACCGGUGCCAUAUCCCAUGCACCAGUUUCAAAUGACCCAUCCAGAUGUAAAUAAUUUCAGGCUGAGUGGAGAAGAAAAGGAUGUCAUUAAAAUGUCAACGGAUGGGUGGCUGUACCUGGAGAAGCCUCUGGACUGGUCCAAAGAAGACCAUUACAUCAUCAAGGUGGAGGCAUUGGCCGGGGACCAAGUUGUGGACGGGCCAAUUUUUGUGACCAUCAAUGUUUUAGACAUCAACAACAAUGCUCCGAGCUUCAACCAGACUUACUACACAGCGCUUAUUAGAGAAAACAGUGCAGCAGGUGUUCCAUUUACCCGUGUGUUUGCAUCGGAUCUGGACGACCCCGAGACUACUAAUGCUCACCUGACAUACAGCCUGGUCAACCAGUUCCCCAACACGAAAAACAUCAUCCUGUUCCAGAUCAACCCCAACACUGGAGAGAUCUCCACCACAGAAGAAGGGGCAAAGAUGCUAAAGGCCAGAGAGAGCAUUCACUACAGCAGGGGAGAAGAUCGGAGCCUUGACGCACUGAAGACAAAGUUUAACGAAUACUGUCCCGGGCCGAAGACUCCUUAUGAAGAAAACCCUUUUUUCACCUGUGUGGAGAGAGCAGAGGUGAGGAGGAGGAGCAUGGACCCCCUAAACGACCCGGACUACACCCUGUUUGUGCGCGUGCAGGACCUGGGAGGAGCGUCGGAGUCGGCACUGAGUGGAAACACCAGAGUUCACAUCAUUGUGCAGCCAAACCUGUGGGUCAACCCCGGACCCAUAUCUAUAACAGAGAACCUGGAUGUGACUUAUCCUCUGAAGAUCGCAGAGGUUCAGUCCAAUGACCCUGAAGCAAUCUACAGCUUAGUGCAAAAAGAACGAGAGCUGAAAUUCCCCUUCCAGAUCACAGAAGAUGGAAAAAUAUUCCUGACAGAGGCUCUGGACAGAGAAGACAAGGACAUGUACAAUCUGGUGGUGUUCGCAAAGGAUAUCAAUAACAUGGAGGUAGAUCCACCCAUGGAGAUUCACGUCUCCGUGGAAGAUGUGAACGACAAUGCACCACAGUGUGAAAAUGAGGAGAGUGUGUUUGAGGUGCAGGAGAAUGAGCCUGUAGGCAGCCUGAUAGGACAGCUGUUGGUCCAUGACAACGAUAAAGCCGGGACACUGAAUUCUCAGCUGAUUUACACCAUUACGUCUCUGAGUCCACCUUCUGAAUCCAGUAUUUUCUCCAUCGAUGCUGCCUCUGGAAAAAUCCAGGCUUUACGCACGCUGCAGAGAAAAGAACAGCAGGUCUAUCACCUGGAUGUCCAAGUCAACGAUCCAGGUUUCAGUGUAACCUGUAAAGUUGUCAUCAAGGUCAUCGAUGUCAACAAUGAAAUGCCACUGUUUGAGGAGACUGAUUAUGGCAGCCACACUCUGGCAGAGGACACCCCAGUUGGACACACGGUGGUGACAAUCAGAGCCACAGAUGCUGACGACCCCGACAGCGGCAGCUCCCUUAUUGAGUACCACAUCUCUGCCGGUGACGAUGAUGAGGUUUUUGCUGUGGAGACGGACGGGAAAGGAGUUGGUCACCUGAUCAUAGCAAAGCCUCUGGACUUCGAGUCCUCCGCAACCUACAAGCUCCAGAUUGAUGCUCGUAACCCAGAGCCACUGAUGAAAGGUCUGGAGUAUGGCCCCCAGUCCUCCACCUCCGUCACUGUGUCCGUCACUGACGUGGACGAGCCCCCGCAGUUUAGCGGGGACGUCUGGGAUGUGACUGUGCCUGAAGACAUCACCAAGGGUUCAGUGCUGCUCACUGUGGAGGCAACGGACCCGGAGGGCAAAGAGAUCAGUUUUAAGAUUGACGGUGACACUCGUGGCUGGCUGGAGAUCGAUGCUGCCACAGGACAGAUCAAGACCAAGGAGAACCUUGAUAGAGAGAGCCUGGAGAACAUUGAAAUCACUGUGACUGCAUUUGAGAAAGAGAACCCAGAGAUGUCGUCGGAGCACGCCAUGUCUGUCAAUCUGCUGGAUGUGAACGACAACUACCCCAAACUGACGGAGACCCAGGCCUUCAUCUGUGCAGCAAAGCCUGAAUCCAUCAUCAUCAAGGCCAAAGAUGGAGACAGCGCUCCUUUCUCCCAGCCCUUCACCUUUGCCCUUUCCCGGAAGUCACCCAACUGGGAUCUGCGCAACAUUGAUGGUUCUACGGCAAAACUGACCCUGAAGAAAACACAAAGUCAAGAUAAAACCUUCACACUCUCCAUUGAUGUUAAAGACAAUGCAGGCAUGGGAAUCCCACAGUCAUUUGAGGUGAGAGUAUGUAACUGCACAGAGUUGGGUUACUGCUACGUCGCACCAGAGGUUCAUUCCUUCAAAUAUGGGAUGGGAACCACCAUCGGGAUCCUGGUUGGAACUCUGGGAUUCUGCAUACUUGCCUUCGUCAUAGUCAUCAAUCGUAUUAAUAAAUCAAACAAGGAGAAGAAGAAAGGUGAAGCUGAGGUGCAGAGGCCCAUGAUAUAGAGACCAGCGCACGUGCACACACACACACACACACACAUACACACACAGGUUUGCACAUUAUAGGACCUGCAUUGACUUCUAUUUAUUUGGACAGCCUAAACAAAGCACGAUCACUAACCUUAACCAUGACCAAUUGAUGCUUAUCCCUAACCUUGACCUAACCAUCAGUCAAAUCUUAGCCCUGAACUUCACCAGUUUUCCAGAAAUAAAGUUCUGCCUCAUUAACACCAGGUUUGGUCUCCAUGAGGACAACUGGUGCUGAACGAGUUUGUGUUUAUGCCACACACACAAACACACACACACUUACUUUUGUGUAUUUUUUAUUUUAUUUACUUUUAAGACAGAGUUAAGAGCUUGAUUAAUAGGUGCUGUGCAAACUUAAUUAAAUUGUCAGGUGGUUCAUGCUAAUCAUACAUUAAUGCACCGUCUCGACUUAAUUUAUUAAGACGUUAGGCCCAGACUCUUGGUUGUUUCAUUAGCCGUUUCAUUACCUCACAUGAGUCAGUUUGUUUUUUGGCCCAGAGCGCGUGUGGUUAAUUUCUCCUGCUUUGAUGGAACAGCCGACUGUUAAACGCAGACUAACUGACGGCCACGGUCUUCACAGCACUGUCUGUGUAAUGAACAAUCAUCAUUUAUAUGAUGUGUUUUUAAAUAAUAAGCAAUUUACUAAUGUGUUUGUACUAAUAAACAAACUGGGAAUGA